AUGUCUGGCGAUUCUGGAGCUCUAGAACUGAAGGAGGAUGACAUCAAGUUGAUGGUUGCGGCGCGCGUACAGAUGGGCAGUACAAAUCUUAACUAUCAAAUGAGCCAGUAUGUUUACGAGCGAAGUCGUGAGGGCAACCAUAUUAUCCGCCUUAAUAAGACCUGGGAAAAGUUGCUGCUGGCUGCCCGCGCCAUCGUCGCAAUUGAGAAUCCUGCUGAUGUAUGCGCCAUUGGCGCCCAGGAGUCUUCUCAGAGGGCUACCCUGAAGUUUGCCCACUACACAGGGACCACUGCUGUUGCCGGUCGUUUCACACCCGGAGCUUUUACCAACCAAAUCCAGAGCGGAUUUAGGGAGCCGAGGCUUCUGAUAGUCAGUGAUCCUAAAGCCGAUCACCAGCCUGUUCGUGAAGCGAGCGCGGUGAAUAUACCUGUCAUUGCUUUCUGCAACACUGACGCGCCUCUCCAAUUUGUAGACAUCGCGAUUCCCUGCAAUAACGACGUAAGCAUCUGGUUGUAGACUCUAUUCCUUUUCAAGAAAUACUCCGUAGCUCUCAUGUGGUGGAUGCUCGCGCGCGAGGUUCGCCGCAUGCGCGGUGAAGAUUUGCGCACCCAACCUUGGUCCGUAAUGAUGGACCUUUUCUUAAUGCGCGAGCACACUGAGGAGGUCCAUGCCGAGGAGGGUGAAGCCCAAGAUGUCGGCUUUGAAAACGUUCCAGCGGAUGUCGGUAAGCUGUCUUAGAUCUGUCCAAAUUACGCAUUAGUCUACUACGUUGUUUGGAGGGUAUAGCUUGAUUUAAGUGAUUAGCUGUUAUAGCUCCCAAUGCCUCUUCCUCACAACAUUUUUCUAAUUUCUUAAGCUGCAGAGGGCGAGGCUGCGGACUGGGGAGCUGAAGCCCUGCCAGUCGCUGGAAUGCCCGAGUUGGACGUGACUGCUGGGUAUACUCCUGUCGCUGGCACCGUCGGUGGAAGCUGGACUGAGUAUGACGUAAAACCCGACGCCUCAUGGAACUAA